GACGGAGCGAGACCUCGCAAUUACGGCAGCACCUGAAGGCAGCACCGGAUCCUGAAACCCAGUGAGCUCGCAGCGUAGUGAGUGGCCCGGUGUCACGCAUGGCUCCCUGGGCGGUCUGGCUCCUGAUCUCGAUCUCCGGGGUCCUGAAUGUGCGCUCCUGCUGGGCUUAUACCUGUCCGGCCAUCUGCCGCUGCAGCGUUGACACUUUCCAGUGCAGCAGAGACACCCAGCUGGCCUCCCGGACCCGGACUACAUCCGUGCAUCGACUAAGCCUCACUCAUCUGUCCUUGAAAGAAGUCCCCACUCAUGCCUUUAAGGAGCUGAUCAACAUAACAAUAAUUGAGAUUUCCCGGAGUGACUGCAUCACACAGAUACAGAGACAUGCCUUCCUCUCCCUCCACAGCCUGGCGCAAAUUUCGGUGCAGAAUAUCAACAGUCUGAGGGUUAUUGAAAAAGGGGCCUUCACUGACCUGCCCAAACUGGAAUAUUUGAGCAUCUCUAACACAGGAAUGAUACACUUCCCAGACUUCACAUCUAUCACUUCCUUGGUGCCAAAUCUUAUCCUGGAAGUAGCAGACAACAUGAGGAUCGAGUGCAUUCCUGCCAAUUCUUUCCAGGGUAUCACAGAGGAAUAUGUUGAUAUGAACCUGGUUAGAAACGGCUUCAGGGAAAUAAAAUCUCAUGCAUUCAAUGGAACCAAGCUCAACACACUAAUAUUGAGAGACAACAGGUAUCUCAGUUACAUUGAAGACGACGCUUUUGAAGGAGCCACAGGUCCGAGUUCUCUGGAUGUUUCCUCCACAGCUCUGAGUUCCCUCCCGCCUAAAGGGUUGGGGCAGGUGAGGUUUCUAAAAGCUGGCUCAGCCUAUGCGCUGAAGAGCCUCCCUCCAUUGGAAAGCCUGGCUGAACUGCUGGAGGCUGAGCUCACGUACCCCAGCCACUGCUGUGCCUUCCACUCGUGGCGUCGGAAACAAAGGGAAACUGCCUUAAAGAACUUCACAAAAUUUUGUGAUCUCAGCCAGACAGAAAUAGAGCCAACUGCAGACGGCGCGAAUCUUAUUGAUGACAUCAACUUUCAGUAUCCAGACUUGGAAUUUGAUUGUCUUAACAACCCCUUCGUCAAGUGCACCCCAAAGCCAGAUGCUUUUAACCCUUGUGAGGACCUGCUGGGCUUUCCCUUCCUGCGCUUUCUCACCUGGAUAAUCACAGUUUUCGCUGUGACCGGUAACCUGGCUGUUCUGUUUAUUCUGCUAAUUAGCCACCAUAAGCUAACCAUCUCCAGAUUACUCAUGUGUAACCUGGCUUUCGCUGACCUGUGCAUGGGGCUCUACCUGAUGCUCAUUGCCUUCAUGGACCACUAUUCCUGUCACAAGUACUACAACCACGCCACGGACUGGCAGACAGGGCCUGGGUGUGGCAUAGCAGGGUUUUUGACAGUGUUUGCCAGCGAGCUAUCAGUAUAUACACUGACCGUGAUCAGCCUUGAACGCUGGCACACCAUCACCAAUGCCAUGCAUGUCAACAAGAGGCUGCGGAUGCACCAUGUGACAGCCAUGAUGGGAGCAGGCUGGGGCUUCUCUCUGCUGGUUGCCCUGCUCCCUCUUGUGGGAGUCAGCAGUUACAGCAGAGUGAGCAUCUGUCUGCCCAUGGACAUCGACACACUGGGCUCUCAGGUUUAUGUGGUUGCUGUGCUCAUUCUCAAUGUUGUGGCUUUCAUUGUGGUCUGUUACUGUUACAUAUGCAUAUAUCUGAGCGUUCGCAACCCAGAGCACUCUACUCGUCAUGGAGACACCAAGAUUGCCAAACGUAUGGCUGUGCUCAUUUUCACUGACUUUAUGUGUAUGGCACCAAUCUCCUUCUUCGCCAUCUCUGCAGCCCUGCGUAUGCCCCUCAUAACUGUCUCUCACUCAAAGAUCCUGCUCAUCCUUUUUUAUCCCAUCAACUCCCUCUGCAACCCUUUCUUGUACACCAUCUUCACACGGGCAUUCAGGAAGGACGUGCGCCUGCUGCUGAGUCGCUGCGGCUGCUGCCACCGGUGGCGACUUGUACAGGUCACAGACUCUGGCUUCACACCUCACCUGCACCCAAAAAAUGUCCACCAGAAAACCUCACUCACUUAGCAUCUAUGCCUAUCACAUUAAAAUGAAGGGGUGCUUUCUAAACAAGGGAACCACAUGACCAUCAACAUAGAGAAGGAAUGGGAACCUAAAAGGCAGCAUUUGCUGUCUUGCUUAAAAUGUAGCAUUUCUUCAAAAUUUAGGUCAGGGUAAAGAGAUUGUAAUUCUUGUACGUGGCAGGCGUCAGAUCAGAUUUGAUCUAAGUUAGUUUACAAAGUGAGAAUUUCAUCAGUCAGCACCAAGAGACCUCAAAUGGAAGGGAACAGAUGCCGCAGCCUCCAUUUCUGAACAGUUAAUUUGGUACAAAGCAGCAGUUUGACGGAGCAGGAAUGGGGACCAAAAAAA